AUGGAAGUGGCCAACCAAUCCACUGUGGCUGAAUUUAUCUUGCUGGGCCUGUCAGAUCAGCCAAAGCUGGAGAAAACGCUCUUCAUUCUCAUCCUUUCCAUGUACCUGGUGAUCCUGCUGGGCAACGGGGUCCUCAUGUUCCUGACCAUCCUCGACCCCCGCCUGCACACGCCCAUGUACUUCUUCCUGGGGAACCUCUCCUUCCUGGAUGUCUGCUACACCACCUCCUCCAUCCCUCUGGUCCUGGAUGGCUUCCUCACUCCCAGGAAAACUAUCUCUUUCUCAGGCUGCGCUGUGCAGAUGUUUCUCUCCUUUGCCAUGGGAGCCACAGAGUGUGUACUGCUGGGCAUGAUGGCAUUUGAUCGCUAUGUGGCCAUCUGCAACCCCCUUAGGUACCCCUUGGUCAUGAGCAAGGCUGCCUGCGUGCCCAUGGCUGUCUGUUCCUGGGUGGCUGGUGGCACCAACUCCUUGGUGCAGAUCUCCCUUGCAGUACAGUUGCCCUUCUGUGGGGACAAUGUCAUCAAUCAUUUCACCUGUGAGAUCCUGGCAGUUUUAAAGUUGGCUUGUGCUGACAUUUCCAUCAAUGUGGUCAGCAUGGGGGUGACCAAUGUGAUCUUCCUGGGGGUCCCAGUUCUGUUUAUACUUGUCUCCUACAUCUUUAUACUCUCCACCAUCCUGAGGAUCCUCUCACCUGAAGGGCUACGAAAGGCCUUCUCCACCUGCUCCGCACAUCUUGCUGUGGUCGUUAUUUUCUAUGGGACUAUUCCUUUCAUGUACGCAAAGCCCAAGUCAAAGGACCCCCUGGGGGCAGACAAGCAGGACGUUUCAGAUAAACUCAUCUCCCUGUUUUAUGGAGUGCUGACUCCCACGCUCAACCCUAUCAUCUACAGCCUGAGGAACAAAGAUGUGAAGGUUGCUGUGAAGAACCUGGUGAGUCAGAACUGCUUCACCAAGUGA